CCCGUGUUUUGCUCGUGCAGUUUGUGUUCACAUUGUUGCGUAAAGGCCGGAGCCUCUCCAUCAGGUUUAAAUUCCGAUUUAAUCCGGAAUUUCGGUUCUCCAACAAGCUUUCAUUAGCGUAGAAGUGAGAUCGACGAUGUCAGUGCCACAGUUGGCGGCCUCUUUGGUCGGUAUCUUCCGGUCGGUAGUCGGUCGCCGCACCAUUCACCAAAGUGCCGCUCUGUUCAAGGUGGAAGAUCGGAAAGCCAUGCUGGCUUCGAUGCCCGACAAGGACGAAGGCACUGUCGGCGAACGAUCCGUUGAUAUCGAUACCCUAAUCAACAAGCGUGAUCGUUUCUUCCCGGAUGCAAACACCCCCACCGCGCUGUUCAAUGGGGUUCCAUUCAACGAGAUACCGAUUUGCAACAUUCGUGUGUCACCUAACAACACCAUCAUAACAAUCUGUGACCCCAAAGGGACGCCCCAGUUCAUCCGAUCCUGCGGUAUCGAGGGUUUUAAAAACACCCGCAAAGGAACGAACAUCGCAGCUCAGGCAACAGCCAUUAGUAUUAGCAGUAAAGCAAUCGAGAGAGGCUACAAAACGGUCCGUGUAACAGUACGAGGUCUUGGGCCUGGUCGAAUGUCUGCCAUUAAGGGAUUAGAAAUGGCCGGUAUGAACAUAGUUUCUAUUACGGAUGCAACUAGAGUAUCGUGGAAUCCUCCCCGACCCCGGAAACAACGCAAGCUAUAAACGGAAUGGUAUUUUGUAACGUUUUACGUUUCCAUUAGUUUUUCAUUUGUUUGAUAGUGAAACUCGGUUUCCAUUACCAGA